GUAAAAUUUGUGAUGCGGCCCCGGUUUUCUGCCAUCAUCACCAGAUCUUCCUUUUCAUGAUCGGGCUCCGAGGUUUUUCUUCCCCCCUUCCAUUUUGAUCCAUUGACUGGACUGACUGACUGACUGCCAGCCGUCGCCAGUAGUAGCAAGGCCAGGCUAGGCCAGGCCGGAGCAGGCAGUAUUAGCAAGCAGAGAGAAAACAUUAAGCACACAUACAGGCAGCCAGGCAGCUAUCUUCACUGUCCACUUUAUCCCUUCCCAUCCACAACCACUGCCCGCCACACACAAACACUCUGUCUGGUUCAACCAGCAGCCACAACCAACGGCGCAGACCGUACCAGUGACAGAAGGCUUACUGACUGACCUACUCUGAUAUCAUCUUGUCCUUCUGUCCUCUGUCAUUCACUAUUCUCUCCGUUCAACCAACCCUUUCACCGCCAGGAGAGAGCCGGGCAGAGACGCCACUGGGGCCCGUUUGUUCUUUUUUCUCGCUCCGUUUACCGUAUCCCAAGACGAGUCCUCCGCCUCCUCCUCUCCCACUCCCCACUUCCUCUCUUUUCCCCUCCUCCCUUCCAUCAUUCUACAUUAGGUAUUCGUACCUAACCGGCAGACUACUCUUGCAUAUCUUCGAUUCCUCACGAGCUGUCUGUUUGUCUCUCCCUUCUCCAUCCACUCUGCUCUUCUGUUGUGCCUCAUCGGCGACACUCUUUUAAUUCUUCUUUCCCCCCCUCUCUAUCCUCCAGAGCUCUUUACUUGUGGCUCGCAUUGGCACCUGCAGACCGACCCUCUCUACCAUGCGCCACCCCUGCCGACGAGAGGUUCCCAUCCUGCACGAAAAGAGUCACUAACGACCGGGCCCGGACCUACGAUUUGCGGCUUGCGAUUUGCGACUCCCUACUGCCUUGCCUCAUCAGACGCUCGACUGGUCUUUCCAGAACUAUCCACUUAACCAAAUCCACUCUACUCUGGGUGCUCUCUCGCCGAAACGAACGACCGCAACGACCGAGAACCGACCCCGGCCCCCACUACUUGUUGGCCACCAUCUCCUACAUUACCCCCCAGUAGUCGUCCCAAGUCACCCAGUCCUGCCUGGGUCCCUCCCGUUUAGCCAGCAGCAGCCAAGUCAACGUCGGCUACUUCUGCAAGCUGGGCUCAACACCCGCUCAACACCACCACCACCACCUCCACCACACAUCCUCCCGCCUGCCUCUGCCGUCGAUCAUGGCUCCCAACGGCAACCCCAAGGCGAGGAACGGUGUUGGUGCCGUCCAUGGAAAGCCCAACACCCCUCGGCGCGUCGUCCCUGCCAUCCCGCUCCCCUUGGAUCGUCGCGUCAAGGCCAAUGCCGCCGCGAAGCAGGCCGCUGCUGCCCAAGCCGCCGCUGCCGCCGCUGCCUCUUUUUCUCGACCCGCCUUGACCAACGGCUCCUCCCUCAAAAUCCAGAACGACGCCGACUCUUUGCCUCCCACCCCAAAGUCCGCCGAGCCCAAGAUUGCUUUCCAAGAAGACGAGAAACCCGAAGCCGACGACAGCGCUCCCGCUGUUCUCGGACCCGAUUCGGAAGGAAGUGAUGAUGUGAAGGAGCGCGAGGCUACAGACUCCCAGGAGUCUUCUGCCGCCAUCCCUACUCCUUCCACGACCGAAGCGUCUGAAUCGACCGACAAGCCCGCCGAACGCGACGUUCCCACGUCUGCCGAGCAUACUCUUCGAGACCACAACCGCAUUACUUCUCCUCCCGCGAUCCGGUCUGCGAAGAAGGAUAAUAUUUCUCAGCUCCCGCCAGCUUUCCGACCCCCUCCCGUCAUUCCUCCGAACCGAUACAACAUGCCUCCCGCUGGCCACAACGGUGCUCGCCCUUCUGCUGUCGUUAUCAACGGCACGUCCCACCGAGGCCCUCGCUCAGUUCACAACGGCCCCCCGCACAUGCAUGGCCCGCGCCAGAGCAACGGCAGUCUCCAGUUCGGCGGUUUUGCAUCCAACUCGUCUUCCCCGGCCCCUCCUCACUCGGGAGGCUUUAUGCCUCCUCCGGGCGUGCCUCACCCUGACGGACGUUCAUUCCCUGGCGCCGCCAAUGGCUAUCACCAUCAGAUGCCCUACGGUACCGAGUUUGUGCCUGGUACUGCCGUGGACGGAUUCGGUCGACCGCUCCCAGGCUACACGGGCAUGGAGCAAUACCCUCCUCCCAUGAACGGUUAUGGCCCUUCGACCCCUCACAGCUUCCAGGGAUCGCACUCUUCAGUCCACGCCGAUGACCCCGGCGCGUACAACCACUACCCUGCGCCCGGUAUCCUCAACGGCACCGCGCUUGUCGAUGACGCUCGCCCUCACCCGCCUCCGGCUGGAGGCUUCGGUGGUCCGCCUCAGCGGAUGAUGCCUGGCCCAAUUCCGCCACCGCACAUGAUGCACCCUGGACCCGAGCACCAGGGCUUGGAUGAUAUGGCCGCCUACCUGCGAUCGCAGUUUAGAGACACUGCCUUUGCCGACUGCACCCUCGAAUUGCGCUACCUCGACGACCGCGCCCCUCCUGUGCGACUCCCCGGACAUCGUCUUGUUCUCGCCAGAAGCCAGGCGGUCCGGAACGUUCUAGAGUCUGACGGUUUCGAGUCGAGUCCGCCCGGCGCCAACCGCACCAUCUUGUUGCAGUCAGAUGACAGAUAUCUCCGCUCUGAUGCCUUUUGGAUGGCGGUCCAGCAUCUGUACGCCUUCCCGCUGCUCGACCUGCCUGAGCCAACUGCCAACGGCUCCUUCACCUUGGCAGGCAGUGCCGACGACCGCUUCGACUUCGCUCUUGGAUAUGCCGCGGCUGGACACCUCCUCGGAUGGCAGCCCAUUGUCAUCCGGGGCUUGGAGAUUGCCUCGCAUUCCCUCAGCUGGUCGACAAUCGAGCGAGCUCUUGGAUUUGCCCUCGGUGAUGUGCCCGGUCGGGCUUCGGCUGACAGACACACGCAGUUCGCUUACGGCGAGCCUGUUCAGAUCUUGAUGAACGGCGUCAUCUCUUUCCUUAUCAACAACUUCCCGCCCGAUUUCACGCUGGACACAUCUGUCGCCGAUCCGGAGCAAUUUGCUCGGAUUCCAUACGUGCCCGCGUCCCCUGCCGCUCGCGAGGGAUCGCCAGUGGACCCUCAAGGACCUGCUGUGCAGGACCGUCGACCGCGCGCUAUGCACAUUCAAUUCGGUGAUUUGGCACUGGGUUCAGACUCCUCAUCCAAGGGUCCAGAUUCGACACCCCGGUCUAGUAUCCGAUCAACCCUCUCAACGGUUCUCAUCAACCUCCCGUUUGCUUACUUGAAGCCUGCUCUCGAGUCGAGCGGCUACGGCAACGUGAAUGGAUGGGCCAGCAUCGAGGCGCGGCACCAGAUCAUGCGAGAGGUUGUCAACGAGCGAGAAGCAAGACGACUUAAGGCCAUUGAUGCGGUCAGAAGUGGUGCGGUGCCGCAUGCCGAAACAGUCUUCUACGGCCUCCAGAGCGCCGAGCCUCGCCAGAGCGAGGAGUGGCAUGGUCUGGGCUGGCGCGAGGACGUGGUCUCGUACGUCAAUGGCGACGCGCCAUCUCUCGGCCGGCAGUGGGCGCCGCUGAUGGCGCAACCGAACGGCGUCAACCAUGCGGAGAAGGCGAGUCGCUCGGCCUAUCCUUGAAGGCGCUGCCAGCGGCGCGGCGCCAGGAUUACGAUGUUACGACACGGGAACUAAAAAAAGAAGAGGAAGCCAAAAAAAAUGGGACGGCCCGGGCAGACUCGACUGGCAUUUUCAUCAUGACCUACAAAAGCAGGAAUCCUUUCUUUUUUCUUUUCCUUCUUGUCAUUCCUAACCCCAGCUCCCACUCUCUCAGGUCAGGGGCAACGGGUUCGACAUUGCGCUCGGUGUUGGCAAUCUUUUGGCGAAUGGGCCAAAAACUCAAAAAGCAUAGGGAGAGUGAAUGGGGGCGACUGACUUCGCCUUGAAAUCUGGCUGGUAUGGGCAUUUGCCCCGGUCUUCUUUGUGUGUGUGUUGGAGUCCAUGUUUGUUGACAGGUAGUUAUAGGGGGCACCUAUCUGCAUGGCUACUUCGUCUGAUCGAGGCUGGCUGAUUCCGUGGAGGGGCGGUCGCAGCGGACAAGCCAAAGGGAGGUAUCUCAGGCAAGGGCGUCUCGGUUCAAGAAGGAAGGAUUUCCCAACGUACCUUGGCGACUAGGCGUGAUGAGGACAUACGAAGACAUGAGGGUAUGCAAAAGGCUCGAGCCACGUGGGGCGACAGGGGUUGGUCGUGGGGAGGAAGGAUACCCAGGGGGGAUAUGGAGCAAGGAGUGAGACGCUGCGUCACGGUUCGUGCUGUUCUCGGGGCUGAGAGAAGCACUCCGGCGCGGACGGAUGAGAAGCGGCAGCAAUUGGGCGGUAGUGUUUUCAGCAACAGAAUGGCUUGCUGGCUGAUAAUUGUGUGUAUCAUGCGACAAAGGAACAUAUUCAGGAGUUGACAAGGUGACUCUGGGCUGUUUGUGUGACUUGGUAAUGCUAUGCCGAUGAUCUUAUGAGAUGGUGUUGUUCUUCUCG